AUGGCCAAGUCUGGAAAGAAACAGCAGCAGCAAAAGGGUGCCCCCAAGCCCAUUACAAACGAUCCUCGCUUUGCUCAUGUCCACAAUGAUCCUCGCUUCGUGAGACCCAAAAAGAAGGAUACCAAGGUUACGGUCGACAAGCGUUUCUCGUCCAUGUUGACAUCGAAGGAAUUCAACGAUCGCCCCAAGGUGGAUCGAUAUGGUCGUAAGGUUGAGGACGAUACCAAAGAAGAGUUGCGACACCUUUACGAGUUUGAGCAAGAGGAUGAAAGCAGCGACGACGACGACGACAAUCUUUCACUUGCAGAGUUGGAAAGGGAAAUUGCAGAGGAUGAAGAGAAUCUUGCUGAUGAAAAGAUCAAAGUUGGCAAGCGUGGUCAAAAGGAGGUUGAAUAUGACCCUAUGCGUGGCAAGGGUGUGAUCGAUUCUUCGGACAGCGAGGAUACGGAUGCAGAGUAUACCGAGGAUGAAGAAACUUCCAGUGACGAGGAAGCAAAGAUUCCUGAAGGUGAACCUACUUAUCGUUUGGCUGCUGUCAAUAUGGAUUGGGACAGACUUAAGGCUGUGGAUUUACUCAAGGUGCUCAACACUUUCAAGCCACCGCAAUCCGUCAUUAAGAGCGUUGCUGUUUACCCAUCCGAGUUUGGCAAGGAACGUAUGGCAAAGGAAGAUCUUCAAGGUCCACCCAAAGAGAUUUUUGAUGCCAAGGAGAAUGAUGAUCAACCAGAACGUGAACGUGAUGAGGAAAGCUAUGAAGAAGAAUUCGAUCAGGAAGCACUUCGCAAAUACCAGAUCGAAAGACUCAGAUAUUAUUAUGCCGUGAUUGAAUGCGACAAUGUCAAGACAGCAAGUGCAAUUUACAAGGCAUGUGAUGGCAACGAAUACGAAGCUAGUGCCAACUUUUUCGAUCUUCGUUAUAUACCCGAUGAAAUGACUUUUGACGAUGAACCACGUGAAGUUGCUACUUUUGCUCCUGAGGAAUAUCAUCCUUCCAAUUUCUCUACUGAGGCUCUUCAACACACCAAAGUGAAAUUGACUUGGGAUGCCGACGAUUACGACCGUAUUGAAGUCAUGAGACGCAACUUUACGGAGCAAGACAUUGAGGAGAUGGAUUUCAACGCAUACCUUGCUUCGUCGGAUGAUGAUGAUGACGAUGAUGAGAAUGAGGAUGUCGAUGCUCUUCGUGAAAAGUACAGAAAGCUUUUGGAGAACAGCGACUCUGCAUUUGAUGGCCAUGAUCAUGCUGAAGAAGGCGAUAUGGAAGUGACAUUUGCACCUGGUUUGACUGAAGCAGCUGAAGAAGCCGUCAACAAGCGACUUCACGGCGAUGAGGAUAAUAAGGACGAGACCACCAUUGAAAAGUAUAUGCGAAAGCAACGUGAAAAGAGAAAGGCCAAGAAGGAAAGACGCCAACAACAACAGAAUGCUGAAGAGAGUGGAUCUGAGGAGGAUGAAGAAUUACAGAAUGAUGCCUACUUUAAGGAAGCUAUGGAUGAAAUUGAGGAAGAGAUGGUGGAAGAAGAACCAAAGAAGAAAGAGAAGAGCAAAAAGAAGAACAAAAAGAGCAAAGAGGAACGUCAAGAGCAACAACGUGAGCGAGCUGAAUUGGAGCUUCUUAUGGGUGAUAAGAAGGGUGAAGGCUUUGACAUGCGUGAUGUGAUGAAGCGUGAAAAGGCUGAGAAGAAGAAGAACAAGAAGAGCAAAAAGAAGGCAGCUGAAUUGGAAGGUGCUCAAGAAGACUUUGAGAUCAACGUCAAUGAUCCUCGUUUUGCCGCCUUGCAUGAAUCCCAUCACUUUGCUAUUGAUCCCAACAAUCCACAAUUCAAAAAGACCAAGAGCAUGCAAAAGUUGAUGAGUUCUCGUCAAGAAAAGAUCAAGGGUGAGAAUCUCGAUGCUGAAUGGAAAAAGAGCACACCUGCAACUGAAAAGACCCAAUCGGAGCAAGAGAAUGGCAAUGAACCAUCCAAGAAGAAAAAGAAAGAUUCAUCCCUUAGUCAGCUUGUUGCAUCCGUCAAACGUAAAGGUGCCAAUGCAUCCAGCAAUACCGGCAAACGACAAAAAUCCUCAUAG